CCAAGCUUUAAUCAGUAAAGUCAGCUGACUUUUCGGAACCUUGUGACAAUUUCAGUACUCAGGGGUUCACGUCUGUAGUUCAUAUUUUCAGUCUUUCUGGGAAAUUGGGCGAGGUUUUGGUGAUCCUGUGGUGUUUUUCAUUUUACUAAUCUUUCGGUGAAAAACAAUACAAAAUGUCGAACUUACGAUUAAUAAGGGACGAGGAAAAGGAAUCUGAAUAUGGUUAUGUUCAUGCAGUUUCUGGACCAGUCGUAACUGCUGAAAAAAUGUGUGGUUCGGCUAUGUACGAACUUGUAAGAGUCGGUUACUUUGAAUUGGUUGGUGAAAUUAUCCGUCUUGAAGGUGACAUGGCCACAAUUCAGGUAUAUGAAGAAACUUCUGGUGUUACUGUUGGAGAUCCCGUUCUACGUACUGGUAAACCAUUGUCGGUUGAGUUGGGUCCUGGUAUUAUGGGUUCAAUUUUUGACGGUAUCCAGCGUCCUCUGAAAGAUAUCAAUGUUUUAACAGAGAGUAUCUACAUUCCUAAAGGUAUCAAUGUACCUUGUUUGUCCAGAACUGCUAAGUGGGACUUCAAUCCUAUUAAUAUCAAAUUGGGAUCCCAUUUGACCGGUGGAGAUAUUUAUGGUAUAGUCCACGAAAAUACCUUGGUGAAACAAAAAUUGAUGUUGCCUCCAAAAUCUAAGGGUACAGUCACAUACGUCGCAGAACCUGGAAGUUAUACUGUUGAUGAUAUUGUCUUGGAAACCGAAUUCGAUGGUGAACGCUCAAAAUAUACUAUGUUGCAAGUUUGGCCAGUACGUCAACCACGUCCAGUCAGUGAAAAAUUGCCAGCUAAUCAUCCUCUACUUACUGGACAGAGAGUUUUGGAUUCUCUUUUCCCAUGUGUCCAGGGAGGAACUACUGCUAUACCUGGUGCUUUCGGUUGUGGAAAAACUGUCAUCUCACAAUCUCUGUCCAAAUACUCCAACUCAGAUGUCAUCAUCUAUGUCGGUUGCGGAGAAAGAGGUAACGAAAUGUCUGAGGUACUCCGGGACUUCCCCGAACUGACUGUCGAAAUCGAAGGACAGACCGAAUCCAUCAUGAAGCGUACCGCCUUGGUGGCCAACACCUCCAACAUGCCUGUCGCCGCCCGUGAGGCUUCCAUCUACACCGGUAUCACUCUAUCCGAGUACUUCAGGGACAUGGGUUACAACGUGUCCAUGAUGGCCGAUUCCACCUCUCGUUGGGCUGAAGCCUUGAGAGAAAUCUCCGGUCGUUUGGCCGAGAUGCCUGCCGAUUCAGGCUACCCCGCCUACCUGGGGGCCCGUCUGGCCUCCUUCUACGAGCGUGCCGGUCGCGUCAAAUGUCUGGGUAACCCCGAUCGAGAGGGCUCCGUGUCCAUCGUAGGAGCCGUAUCGCCACCUGGUGGUGACUUCUCAGAUCCCGUCACUUCGGCCACUCUGGGUAUCGUGCAGGUGUUCUGGGGAUUGGACAAGAAGCUGGCCCAACGUAAACAUUUCCCCUCCAUCAACUGGCUGAUUUCCUACUCGAAGUACACCAGGGCUCUGGACGAUUUCUACGACAAGAACUUCGCAGAGUUUGUGCCCUUGAGGACCAAGGUUAAGGAAAUCUUGCAGGAAGAAGAGGACUUGUCCGAAAUUGUACAACUGGUAGGAAAAGCAUCACUAGCAGAAACCGACAAGAUCACCCUUGAGGUAGCCAAGCUUCUGAAGGAAGAUUUCUUGCAACAGAACUCCUAUUCAUCGUACGACAGAUUCUGCCCCUUCUACAAGACUGUCGGCAUGUUGAAAAACAUGAUCGGUCUUUACGACAUGGCCAGACAUGCAGUAGAAACUACCGCCCAAUCCGAAAACAAAAUUACAUGGAACGUAAUCAGGGAGGCGAUGAACAACAUUUUGUACCAACUCAGCAGUAUGAAGUUCAAGGAUCCCGUGAAAGACGGAGAGGCUAAAAUCAAAGCCGAUUUCGAUCAGCUUUACGAGGACAUACAGCAGGCUUUCAGAAACUUAGAAGAUUAGGUAGACUGACAUAAGGUAUAGAACUCAUUAAGGCCUCUGACAUUGUCUGGACUCAUUUUCAUAUCCAAGUCAACUUUGUACGGCCAUUAUAACACAUACAUAUGUUGAUAUUUCAUUGUAAGUGUACAAUACUAUGUAUAUAUAUGAGGUGGAUCAAGAAUGCAUCUGAAACUUACAUCAAACGGUCGGUUUCAUGCAAUAAGAAUUUUUUUGAACGAGAUUAUUGUUGAUUAGCAACAAUCGGCAAGAUAUGGAUACAUUUGAAGCUGAUAUUACUUAGAAAUUUCCUGAGAUGUAAUUUUGGAUCACCUUGUCUAUUGAAUUAGAAUAAUUUAGAAUUUAAUCGAGUUUUAGUGGUGAAGGUUUCAGCUAAUUCUGUUCACCUUUUUCCUUCAUUCCAAUUAUACUUUUAGGGAAAUUACAGUUUUUUUUUUGAGAUGAUUUUCUCAGUAUUACCCGUUACGAUGUUUUUUUGUCAUAUAAAUAUUUACUUUUUUUUUUUUGAAGUGCUGCAUAUAAUUCUUCAUAUCUAUAGUUUCCUAUUGCUUUACAUUUUAAUCCAAGUUUUAUUGUACAGUUAUCAAUUUUCAUAUAUAAUAGUUUAAAUUUUGAAUGUAGUUGAAAUGUUCUAUUGUGAACAAUAAUUAUGCAAUAUAUUGUUGUUUUGAAA